ACGUCCGUUUAAUUGUUCGUAUGAGCUGCAGUUCGACCUCCGGCUGCUUCUUCCAACAGCUUCAACAAACGAUGCCUUCAGGACCCACCGCCGUGUGGCUCUGUCAAAUACCCCAUCUGAGAUAACACAUGAUGCCCUCGCCCCUCCGUCACUGGGACCGGCCCCUUCCACGACUGGACAGGAAGUCUGCUAAUCUGUAACCUGAACUGGGGGGGAAGGAAGAAGCCAGGAACCAGCCUUCAGUGCUUUCACCAAUCGUAUUCAUCACCAGCGCCGGGACCCGGGCUCAUUUAGAGCGGGAGCGCGGGCUUAACUAAACAUCUUCCCCAUAAAAUAAAUGCUUCCAGGUUACUCCCGGUCCAGGUUUCACUCAGAGGAGCAUCUGAUCUCAAUUACCAGGAAUGCUUAUAGGAAGCGGCCGAGCCUCGGCCUGGAAGUCCGAGCCAACGGCGCCAUGGCAACCGGCAGCACGACCACACGAGACCCUGCACAGAUAGGAGUCCGGCACAGGCACUUAGUUUGACACCUUCACCGUCUGGCUGUUAAUGAACCUGGUGAUGCUGCAGAGCUCACUCUCCUCUGGAGACUCCAGUGUUGUGAAUCCCUGUUGCCACUACCCUUGUCAGAACGCAGGAGUGUGCGUGCGAUUCGGACCAGACGGCUACAAGUGCGACUGCACUCGCACCGGCUUCUACGGAGAAAACUGCACCAACCCCGAGUUCUGGACACGAGUGCGUCUGAUGCUGAAGCCCGACCCGGCCCUGGUUCACUACAUCCUCACUCAUUUCCAGUGGUUCUGGGACCUGGUCAACAACUCGUUCCUGCAGGACACCGUCAUGAGAUUAGUGCUGACGGUCAGGAGCGACCUCAUCCCAAGCCCUCCGACCUACAACACCAAAUAUGGAUACCUCAGCUGGGAGUCCUACUACAACCUCUCCUACUACACCCGUCUGCUCCCCCCAGUGCCUGAAGACUGCCCUCUACCCAUGGGAACGAAAGGUAAACCUGUUCUUCCCGAUGUCAAGACGUUGACUGAGAAGUUUUUCAGGAGGCAGAAGUUUAGGCCGGAUCCUCAGGGAACCAACUUGAUGUUCGCCUUCAUGGCCCAACACUUCACCCACCAGUUCUUCAAGACCAACCAUAAAGUCCAACAGGGCUUCACCAAGGCUUUAGGACACGGGGUGGAUGCAGGUCACAUCUAUGGAGACAACCUGGAGAGACAACAUCAGCUUCGUCUUCAUAAAGACGGACACCUGAAAUAUCAGUUGGUGGACGGGGAGAUGUACCCUCCCACCGUGGCAGAAGUGCCUGUGCACAUGGUUUAUCCCAAGGGCUUCCCCAUGGAGCAGCGCCUGGCCAUCGGUCAGGAGGUGUACGGCAUCCUGCCGGGCCUCACCAUGUACGCCACCAUAUGGCUGAGGGAGCACAACCGAGUCUGCGACGUCCUGAAGGCGGAACAUCCGACCUGGGACGACGAGCAGCUCUUCCAGACCUCCAGGCUUAUCAUCAUCGGUGAGAUCAUCAACAUCAUCAUCCAGGAGUACGUGCAGCACCUGAGCGGUUACCUGCUGAAGCUCAAGUUCGACCCCUCCCUGCUCUUCGGUGUGCGCUUCCAGUACAGCAACCGCAUCGCGCUGGAGUUCUGCCAACUCUACCACUGGCACCCGCUGAUGCCCGACAGCUUCCACAUCGACGGGGAGGAGAUCCCCUACUCCCAGUUCUUCUACAACACCUCCAUCCUCACGCAUUACGGCGUGGAGAAGCUGGUGGACGCCUUCUCCCGACAGCCUGCAGGACAGAUAGGAGGAGGUCACAACUCUCAUGAAGUUGUGCUUAAAGUGGCAGAAAUGGUGAUCAGAGAGUCCCGAGGUGCACGUAUGCAGCCGUUCAAUGAAUACAGGAAGAGGUUCAAGCUGAAGCCGUACACGUCCUUUUAUGAAUUCACAGACGACGUAGAAAUGGCCAGAGCCCUGGAGGAGCUGUACGGGGACAUCGACGCCCUGGAGUUCUACCCGGGCAUGAUCCUGGAGAAGACGCGUCCUAACAGCAUAUUCGGCGAGAGCAUGGUGGAGAUCGGCGCCCCCUUCUCCCUGAAGGGGCUCCUGGGAAACCCCAUCUGCUCCCCCGAGUACUGGAAGCCCAGCACCUUCGGAGGAGACGCCGGCUUCAGCAUCGUCAAGACGUCCACGCUGAAGAAGCUGGUGUGUCUCAACACCCGGUGGUGUCCCUACGUGGACUUUCACGUGCCGAGAAACGAGGAGGAGCGGGAACCGAGGAAACCGUCCACCGAGCUUUAACGACAUCAUCACCAGAAACCCCCCCAGGUUUAACCCAGGGCUACCUCCCAAUAACAGCUGACGAACCAUUUCAUCUGAAAACUCCUCUGAGCCGAUGUAUUAUUUUUUUAGUAGCUAGCAAUGUCUUUCAUUGUUUUUAUUUUACACCUUCAUGUUUCUUAAAAAGAAAAGUUUGAACGUUUUUGUCAGUAAAGUUGUUUUUAAAGUCCUGAGA